UACUUCGCUAGCUUUUGUGAACUCUUCUAUUGUCCUAAGAACAUUUUGAAACAUUAAAAAAUGGCGGCACCCAUAAAAGUGGUUAUUACUGGCGCGGCAGGCCAAAUUGCUUACUCGUUGGUAUACCAAGUGGCUUCAGGAGCUGUUUUUGGUCCAGAACAACCAGUCUUCUUGCAUUUAUUGGAUAUUGCACCAAUGAUGGGUGUUUUAGAGGGUGUUGUUAUGGAGCUUGCUGAUUGUGCACUGCCUCUCCUAGCUGGAGUACUGCCUACAGCCAAUCCUGAAGAGGCAUUUAAGGAUGUGGCUGCAGCAUUCCUUGUUGGUGCUAUGCCUAGAAGGGAAGGUAUGGAGCGUAAAGACUUGCUUUCUGCAAACGUAAGGAUCUUCAAAGAACAAGGUCAAGCAUUAGACAAAGUUGCACGCAAAGAUGUCAAAGUCCUUGUUGUUGGUAACCCAGCUAACACAAACGCAUUGAUUUGCUCUAAAUAUGCACCCUCCAUUCCUAAAGAAAACUUUACUGCUAUGACCCGCUUAGAUCAAAAUCGUGCACAAUCUCAGUUGGCUGCUAAACUGGGAAUCCCAGUUUAUGAUGUAAAAAAUGUUGUAAUUUGGGGUAACCACUCUUCUACUCAGUUCCCUGAUCCCUCUAAUGCAGUAGCAAAGAUUGGAGGAGUUGAGAAAUCUGUACCAGCUGCUAUAAAUGAUGAUGAAUAUUUGAAGACUACCUUUGUUACUACAGUUCAAAAGCGUGGUGCUGCUGUUAUUGCAGCAAGAAAAAUGUCAUCAGCUUUGUCAGCUGCCAAAGCAGCUUCGGAUCAUAUGAGAGAUUGGUUCUUAGGUACAGGAGAUCGUUGGGUGAGCAUGGGUGUAGUCUCUGAUGGCUCAUAUGGCACACCACGAGAUAUAGUUUUCUCCUUCCCGGUGACUAUUAGCAAUGGAAAGUGGAAGAUAGUUGAAGGUCUAACUAUCUCAGAUUUUGCACGUCAGAUGCUAGACGCAACAGGUAAAGAAUUGGCUGAGGAAAAGCAAGAUGCCCUGGAUGUAUGCAAGGAUUGACUGUGUAGAUUAUAAGUAAAAUGUAUAAAAUUUGAAUAGCAAACUAAUAUAGGAGAAAAAUGGCAUUUCAUUCAGCAAUAAAUUGUUUUUAUGCUUUUGUUAGACAUCACUUAAUAUUUAUAUAUUUUAUCAGACAAUGAGUACUCAUAGGUUAAAUGAUCACUAAAUCUAUAUUUUUUUAUAUUUGGUCAUAAUGACCUACCGCAUGUUAUGGCACUUAUUAAAUAGAGGCAAUUAUUUUUGUUAUGUAAUUAUUGAAUUAAAAAACUUGCUUU